AUGAGUAACGUUACCAUAAACAGCUGUGUAUUCUUUUCAUCCGGAAGGCCAACUCCGAGAAACGCUGAGAGGGAGCAGUUGGAAAUGAUGGACCUUAGAAACAGUAAUGUGUACAGAAACAUCUUUUUGCGCGAUUCUAAUGCGUAUGGAGUUGCUUCAAAAUUUACCUUCACUGUGGGUGUAGAGGUGAGAGAAAACAUAUGUGGGCUGGAUUUAGGCAAGAUAGGCUGGUUAGCCACCAAAGUUGAGCCAGCAUGGUACUGGCGAGAUCAAAAACAAAAAUUAGAAUUCCUUAUGACUCAUUACAAUCUGGAAUCUGAUCAAGGCUUCUUUCAAAGUUGUUGUUAUGAAGAGUGCGACGAAAGGAUGAGAAUCGUGAAAAAUAUCUUCAACGGAAGCCCAAACACAGGUCGUUUCCGAGACCACGUGAUGUACCUCAAAGGCUUCAAUAUGAUGGAAGUUGUAAGUAAUUACGUCAGAGGCUGGCCAGCGGGUUAUUCAGGCGGCAUUAAAGCUCGAAAUGGAAAAAAUCUAUUGGUUGCCCGUAAUUACCUCGACGACACAGGUAUUUUUUUGUAUACUCACAGAACAAUCAAUCCAUGUCUCUUUAAUGGUUUGAAGAACGUUUUCAUCUACAGAAAUCACAUCGUGCAACGAACCAAUCCUGGUCAUCUCACAAGUGGUAUCUAUUAUUACGAGCCCCAUGAUAUUGGGAUAGAUUGGAACAUCACUUACUCCGCUAAUGUAUUUGAGAUCGUUGGAGUAAGCGACCCCACUAAUUACAUAUGUAUCUGGCUGACCAAUGGCGAUCUUUCUCAACAUCACGUGCUCCAAGACAACUUCUAUUAUGGUACCAAAAUGCCUGUGAAGCUGUAUGCUGACGACAGUACUCCAUUACAUGAAACAGAGAAAAACAACGAUAGUAUUACAAAUUGGUACAACUAUCCACUGUACAAGCUACACAUUCCCCCUUAUUAG